UUGUGACGCCCAAAAGGUCCCAACCAAAAAUCUCUCUCACUUUCAAGAUACUUCACUUAUUACUUUGUUUACAGGUACCAUGGCAACCCAUGCAGCCGUUGCUUGGUUGCGCAGAAUCUGAUCAGAUCGUCGUCAAACAAAGGAAGACACUGGCAGCAGAGGAUAUAGAAGAGCACUACCGGCUACCGUACUAGCCAGCAACCAUGCCAAAGAGAAUACAUCCCUCCAUGUCAUUAUUGGGUCUAUUAUUGGCAGUGGUCCUUGCUGUUUUUGUGGAAUCAUCGAGUAGUAGUUCUGCGAACCUGCGCAGUAGAUCCCUGAAUGACAAUGAUGCAGAUCCUCCCGUGGUGUUUGGUCCUUCUGGCAGGAGAGGUUCCAAGGACAAGCCACAGCCAGAAGUAGAAGGAGAUCCGAAUCUUUUCCAGCCGGAUGAAACGAACAGUCUCUUGGAUCCGUCGGGCCGAAGAGGCUCCAAGGACAAAAACGAUAUCAAUCCACCCGAAGACGAUUCGUCUCGCAAGAGCAUGAUGCGGAAUGGGUUGGACCUGCUUCCUUCGACUAGCAGCAGUAGUACUACUACUACUACAGAACCAGCUGGUGACACACCGAACAAUGUCAUGACGGAUCAAAACAUUCAACAAGCCGUCGAUAUUUGGUGCGACAAUCCCACUCUGGGCCUAAAGUACUUUGGUCCCUUGAACGAAUGGAACACCACGGCCGUGACGAGUUUUCGAGGACUCUUUCGUCGCAAAAAGGACUUCAACGACGACGGCUGUUCGCAGUGGGAUACCAGCCGCGUCACCAGUAUGGCCGCCAUGUUUGAAGGCGCUCAUGCAUUUGAUCAAGAUCUCAGUCAAUGGGAUACGGCGCAAGUUGUUUCCAUGAGUGCCAUGUUUGCCAGUGCCUCCAGUUUUACCGGAACCAAAAAUGGCAAUUCACUCUCGCAAUGGAAUGUCGAAAAGGUGGCAAGAAUGGAUCGUAUGUUCCAAGACGCCUUUCUCUUUCAAGGUGAUCUGUCCGGAUGGAAGACAUCCAAAGUCCAUCACGUGGCCAACAUGUUCACCAAUGCACUCAAUUACAAGGGUGGACAAGAUUUGGCCAACUGGCAAACUAGAGAAUUUGUCGACAUGACGGGAAUGUUCCAACAUGCCGUCAAGUUUCAAGGAAACAUUAGUCUCUGGGAUACAAGCAAUGCGGUCGAAAUGGAUGACAUGUUUGCCGAUGCUCAUGCAUUCGAUGGCGAUCUCAGUGCCUGGAAUACAUCCAAGGUCAUUACCAUGGCCCGCAUGUUUCAGAAUGCACGACAAUUCACUGGCAGUAAGAAAAGUAGUAGUAUUCAGGGAUGGAAUGUGGAAACUGUGCGAAACUUUUAUGGCAUGUUUGAAAACACACCCGUCUUUGACGCUGACAUUUCGAGUUGGAAACCCGUCGGUGCCAAGAACAUGGAGCACAUGUUCUUUAAUGCAUCUGGCUUUGGCACCAAACCCAAUUCUCUACCCGCCACCAUUACCGAAUCGACAACCCAAGGAGACUUUAAACUGCUUUGUUGGCAACUAUCCAACGGUCAAGUCAAGACUUCCAACAUGUUCUGUGGAUCCAGUGUACGCUUUGAUCCUUGCUGUGCCACACCCACACAACUGGAAAUCAGUUGCUGCAAUCGAUUCUGUUACAAUACAUCCACAACCUGUGCGCAUCCCAACCAUGAUCACAAUCAGGCCCAUCAAUAUGUGGCUUCGUCGGGGAAUCUGGCGCAUGAGGAAAUUCCCACCGGGCAUCCACAUCAUGACUUGGUGCUGGCAGCCGAAGGUCACGCCAAGGACAACUUUGUGGAUACUCCUGCUGAGGACUCUUUUAUUGGAUGGGAAGGAAUUGUCAUGAUUGUUGUGUUGCUGUUGGUCAUGAUGCUGUGUUUCUUGGCAUUGGUCUAUUUCCUGUAGAGGCAUUGUGUGAAUUCCGAUUUGCAUCUCGGCGGGACGACCAUACAAGUUCUCCGAGUUGAUCACAUUUUACAUAGCUACAUGAAUACUAUUAUUAGGAUAGGUCUACAUCAUUCUUCGUGGA